AUGACUGAACUCACAUUUGCCAAGUCCUUCAUUCAGACUCUCGAGUCGCGGUCUCCCAAAAUCACUGCCGAUCAUGUUGAAGAUCCAAGAAAUUAUCCCUCAAGAGGGGCAGCUAUUCUUCCAAAGAUGAAAAAACCCCCCGCGAAACGUCAAAAGUUGACUCCUGGACAAGAACGUAGCAUCUCGGUAUCUUUGAAGUCAUCGCGAAACCCACCUCUCGACGUAACACUUUCUGCACUGUCGCCAAACACUUCCAUUCUUAAUUUAAAAGAGUCGUUAUCCGAGAAAGAAGGGAUUCCCGUGGAGAAAUUAAGGGUACUUUACAACAAGAAACCGGUCGGAGAUGCGAAAGUUUUGAAAGAUGUUAUUGGCGAAGAAGAAACCAAAGUCGAAUUUAGUAUCAUGGUAAUGGGUGGAGCUGCUUCCGUGAGAAAAGCUGAGACGCCCGGAAAUGAAGUAGAGGCACCAGUCGCACAAGGGCCUAGUGGACUGGAAACUCUUGCUGGUGAAGAGUUCUGGGGAGAUUUGAAGGGCUUUUUGGUGCAGCGAUUGAGGGACGAAGAACAGGGAAACAAAUUGUAUGAAGUAUUCAAGAAAGCCUGGGAAAGUAGCGCGGUUUGA